AUGCAAAUAGGUUGCUGCUUAGCAAUAUGUCAAUUCUUUUUAUUGAGCGUAAUUGCCUUUCAGGAUAAAGAUGUGAACCCUGUUGAGAAUAAAUUUGAAGUAGAUCUUGAAGCUACUUGGAAAAGCAGCCCGUUUCAGUUAAAUUUACUCGAAAGUAUAACAGGCUAUAACGAGUCUUUAUUUAUCAGCACAUUGUCUAGCAUUAUUGGGUUUUCUACCGAAGAAAAUGAAUCGGACGAAGAAUCGAAUGAGGAGGUGGAAAGCUCUCUGUUAAGUGAUUCUCAAAUGUAUAACAAGGUGAUUGAUGCCUUAAAUCUAGAUGACACGUCCAAGUCAUUCAUAGGGUUUAAUUUGGUGAACAAAGUAUUCACUCCUCGUAUACAAGCACAUUAUGAGUACUAUAAUAAUGUCGUUGAUCCACAAUACUCCCCUAGGUUGAAUAAAGAAUGCUCCACGGAUUCGUUCGGGAAUAAGAUACUCUCAGGAGAAUCAGAUAAACAUCGGGCGUGGAUUCUUUAUAACGACAAGUUGUACUGCUCUUCUGACGAAGUAUUUGCCUUGAAAACCAACAAAAAGGCCAUUUCGGCAGAUGAUAUUUUACCAUUUGACAGAGUAAUAGGUUCCAACCAGGAUUCGCCUCUCUUGGUUUUAUAUGGAGAUAUAGAGUCGGAGAUUUUCAAAAGCAUGUUUAUAAAUCUCUACGAAAGUGCCAAAAUAGGAAAAUUAAGAUUUACGUGGAGGUAUAUUCCUACUUCUAAUUCAAAUCAACGUGAACAAUUAAGUGGAUAUGGAGCUGAUCUCACAUUGAAGCGAACAGAUUAUAUUGUUAUCGAUGAUCGUGAUGUCAAUAAAGUCGAAUCUUUAAAUGAACGAAAUACAGCAAACAAUAAUUAUCGCCUAGAUAAAGAUUUAUUAAAGAUUGCAAAACUUGACGAGCUUAAACCUAUUUCCAAAGAUAACACUACUGAUUUGGGGCUAAAAUUGACGUCAUUUGUAUUGUCAAAUGAUUAUUCUGAUAUUUCGAAUUACGAAUUAUUGAACACCAUUUUGCAAGACUUUCCUAAAUUUGCUUAUUAUGUGUCCCAUUUGGAUCCUGAAAACAUCGAAUCAGUUAAAGAAAACGUGGAUGCUAAUGUGAAACUAGGUAUGUCAGAAGAGUCAAAUGGGAUAUAUAUCAAUGGAUCACCCAUAAAUAAACUUGAACUUGAUAUAUUUAAAUUGGUUGAUAAAGUACGCGAUGAAUUGAAGUUGGUGAAUGAACUAAAGGCAUUAGGAUUUACAACUAGCCAAGGAAAGAAGCUUUUAUAUAAGUUUGCAUUACUAAGUGCUGUAAAAGAGUCGCAAUUUCGCACUGGAAACACUAUUAUGGGUGGAAAUGAAAAUAGAUUCAAAGUCUAUAAUUAUCAAUUCACACCAAUGAGUAGACAUAAGAAAGGAGGUAUUGUAUUCUUCAACGACCUUGAAAAAGACGAUGUAUAUGAAAGCUUUCCUUCUAGUCGAAAGGAAGCUUAUUUAGGAUUUGCAGCACAACACCUUAGACCUGGCCAAAUACCAUUAUUAAGAGAAAAUAUUCAUGACUUGAUAUUUGCUUUAAAUUUUUCAGAUAAAGAGCAGUUGAAAGUGUUUUUCACUUUCUCCAAAAUAAUUCUUGACAAAAGUUUACCUCAACAGAUAGGCUUGAUUGCACGCGGUGGUAAUGAGAAGGAUAAGACGUUAGCUAAGAUAUUUUACUUUAUUGUCGACACGGCGUCUUUGAAAGAAGGAUUAGCCUUUUUGUACCAAUAUUUUGAUGCAAAAGACGAAGAAACUGAGAGAGAAAUCUUGGCUGCUGUUAACAUUCCAACGACAUACAACUUUGAUGAGUCGAUUUACCAAGACGUUUUGGAUAAAUUUUCAAUCAACACACCAUCAGUUAUAUGCAACGGUGUUAUUUACGAGCUUACUUCGACGUGGCAGGUAUUAAUGGGCAAGCAACUUUCACAAGAUAUUCGAUUAAUACAAAAUCAUAUCCAAAAAGGAAAUGAUAUUAAUAAAUCGUUAAAAGGUUUUCUUUUUGAGAACGCAAAAUCUGAGAGAAAUUUACGUAUUAUUCCUGAGGACGCUAGUUUAAUUAAAUACAAAGGAAUAAACCAAGAAUUAAUAGAUAAUUCUAUUACCUUCAAAAGCAAGAAGAAAGAAAAUGGUGUGUCAGCGACAUUUUGGUUAAUUGGUGAUAUCAAUUCUGUUAAUAUUUUGAGCCAAUUUAUUGAAAUUUUACGUAUUAUGAAAGUGGAAAGAUCAUAUUCCGUCCAAUUGAGGAUCAUGAACAAAUCUACAAAUGGUGAUAUAUUAGACGAAAUCCAAAGUCUUUUCUCUAUUAACCUGUUAAGUAAUAAUAAUAUUGAAAAUAUGAUUUCUUUGUUAUCUGAUAAAUUACAAAAAUCAGACAAUUACAUGCCAGAUAAGAACGUGAUUCAGCUACUUGAAGAUAACGGGUUACCACCUAAUCAUCCUAUUCUUUUACUAAAUGGUAGAUAUUUUAGAUUGGACAAAAAAUUCUCAUUCAAGGAAUUACAGCAACUUUUAGAAUAUGAAUUUAGCCAGAGACUCAAUUUGUUUAGUGAUAUCAUUUCAGCUUAUCCACAAGAGUUUCCAAAAUCAUUUUGUGAAUAUUAUUCGUCCAGCCAUGACUGCUUUGACUGGUUUGAUUUGGUCUCAUCCUACGUCACAAAAUCAUUUCACAUUGAUGAUAACAUGUUUUUCACGGAUGUUGCAAGAUUUGAUUUUAGUUCUUUGAACUUAAAUAAUAUUUUAAAAGUGAACAAGGAUGAGGCUUCUUCUAAAGCAGUUGAUGUUUUACUUAUAAUUGAUCCUAUUGAUGAAAACUCGCAAAAAUUAGUUUCCAUUAUUAAUGCUAUAGGAAGUUUUCCCUUUGUUGAUAUUAAAAUAUUACUUCAACCGCAAAUUGAAGCAACUGAAGAAGUAAAAAUUGGUAGAUUUUAUCGAGGAGUAUACCCACCACCUAUUCCUCAAUUCGAUAGAAAGGGCAGAUUAGAAGUUAGAAAUAAAGCCGAGUUUGAAAUGGUACCAAGUCAAGAAUUAUUUACUACUAAUAUUGAUUCGCCUGUUAGGUGGCAAAUAGUGAUAGAUGAUAGUCCUCCUGGAGUUGAUUUGGAUAAUGUUAAACUAUCAAACUAUGCAAACAGUUUAAUUUAUGGAACUUACGUUUUGAAAAAUAUUUUAAUUGAAGGUUUUGCUAAAAAUGUCAAAUAUGGCAUGAAUCUUUCUGGAUUAACAUUAGACCUAAUUAAAGACAAAUCACAUACUGAUACGACAGUCAUGUCUAAUUUAGGCUAUUUCCAAUUAUCAGCUAAUCCAGGUAUUUGGGAGUUUAAAAUUAAACCAGAAAGCAAAAGCCAGAAAUAUUAUUCGUUGCUCUCCGCUUCUGAAAAUGUAUUCAUUUCGAACACAGAUCCUCUUGAUAGAGUAAGGGUCGCGGUAAUGAAUCUUAAUGGGCUAGUUUUAAAGCCAAGGUUCACUACCAAUCCUAGGUAUGAAAAUAAAUCCAUAUUUGAAGAAGAUGAUAAUACAGAAUCCAAAGAAGAGAACAAAAUUGGCAAUUUUAUGAAGUCGCUUUUAAAAUCUAAAGCUCCUACAAAGAAACAAGCAGAUAUCAAUAUCUUUACUAUUGCAAGUGGUCACUUGUAUGAAAGGUUCCUAUCAAUUAUGACAGCCUCUGUGAUGGCGCACACAAAUAAGCUGGUUAAAUUUUGGAUUAUUGAAAAUUAUAUAUCUUCCCAUUUUAAAAAGCUAUUACCCCUUCUAGCACAGGAGUACAAUUUUGAAUAUGAACUCAUAACAUACAAAUGGCCAAACUGGCUAAGAUUCCAGCGAGAGAAACAACGCACCAUCUGGGGGUAUAAAAUUUUGUUCUUAGACGUCUUGUUCCCACAAGACUUGAAGAAAGUUAUUUUUGUUGACGCAGAUCAGGUUGCACGUACCGAUAUGAAGGAAUUGGUUGAUAUUGAUUUGGAAGGAGCACCAUACGGAUUCACUCCAAUGUGCGAUUCUAGGAAAGACAUGGAAGGGUUUAGGUUUUGGAAGCAAGGAUAUUGGGCCCAUGUAUUGAAAGAUGGACUAAAGUAUCAUAUCAGUGCAUUAUACGUAGUGGACUUAGAUAAAUUUAGGGCAAUUUCUGCCGGUGACAGGUUGAGAGCUCACUAUCAAAAGCUUUCAUCCGAUCCAAACUCAUUAUCCAACUUGGAUCAAGAUUUACCCAACAAUAUGCAAAACAAGAUAAAGAUCCAUUCACUUCCUCAAGAAUGGCUUUGGUGCGAGACCUGGUGUUCUGCAAGCGAGUUUAAUAAUGCAAAAACCAUCGACCUUUGCAACAAUCCUUUAACAAAGGAAAACAAGUUAGAAAGGGCCAAAAGACAAAUUCCCGAAUGGACUACUUACGAUGAUCAAAUAAAACGCUUGGUCGAUCAAAUCAAUGAAAACGAAAACAGAAAAAUUUCUACAAAAGAAUCUGAAACCACUUCUCACGAUAGCCUACACUAUGAAUACGAUCAAUCACAAUCCGAUGAUGACGUUCAUGAUGAACUUUAG